UAUCAUGCAGUGCAGAGUGUUUAGUUUGUUUGUCCUGUGCUUAUUAAGUUAUACUCGAGCUAAGGUACAUCCGCCCAACGUUUGUACGCACGGCGAUGUGAUGGUUAAGUGCAUACCAGUUUGUCCCAAGAUCUGCUCGGACUUUUUGUAUAGGCAGAGGUGCAUACCCAAGAAGUGCGAGCGAGGUUGCGCCUGUCCCAAGGAUUGGUUGCGACUAAAAAAUAACCAAGGAAGAUGUAUAAUGCGCCAGCACUGCACACGAUAUAUAAUAGAGUGAAAGAUUUCGAAAAACUUAAUCUAAUGGCCGUUUUUGCUCUAGGCAUUUAAAUUGUGAAAAUGGGCGCAGAGCAGAAACUCUGA